AACUGGCUAUGUUUAAAGUGGACUAACGUUACUCACCUUCUUUUAAACUGCCAUCAAAAACUUUGUUCUCCGGCACCCAUUUUCUUUUCUUUUUGUCGUUGUGUGUUAAACCACCAUGUGCACAUUUGCUAUUGAAGUAUUUUCCUUUAAUCCGAACUUUAGUUUUUGCGUUUUGUUUUAAAGGUCCCAUGUUUCACGUUAACAUUUACUCAUUUGUGAACAAAACGGUUGUUUGUUUCUCGCAUACAGACGCAAAGUAAUGACGUAAGGAUGAUCCCAAGGCAUUACUAUUCAAGAUAAACACCAUUUGUGUGAGGGCAACAUAUUCGUUUCGCCAUUCAACAGAACGCACGCUGGUACACUCAACAUGGCCGCGCAGUCGGUCGCUCAGAGGAAUCAUAUCCUGAUUCGACUACUUAUGUCUUAAAUACUGUGUCAACAGCUGCUGCUCAGCCUGCUCUCACUAAAUAUUCUCUCUUUUCUGUGUCCGUGAACAAUGGCAUUUAAUGACAUAUCCGUCGACACUUUAAAAAAAAAUAAAUGAACUUAAGCGCUUUCUCUCCAUAUCAUUAAUUAUCUCAAAUGCGCACACUGUGGACUUUUACACGCGUAAUGUUUGGAGCACGUUUGUGUGUGUGAGUCCAGAUGACGUGCUGUGUGCUGUCAGCUCCACACAAGACCGCAUGAGGGCGAUAGAAGAAGUUGGUGGACAUAUCAGCCCUGCUGAGGGCAGCGAAAGCCCACUGUUUACCAGCUCUGGGGGUCUGUAUGCAGCUGGAAGAUCUGAUGCAGAAUCUGAGACUGAUGACUGGAGACACUACAGCAGGGGGCUGACAGGAGCCAGUUUCUUCAGUGUGUUUGAGGAGCAGACGAGAAACUUGUGCUGAGUUCUGAGUUGAUGAAGUAGUGUGUGUCGAGCUGAAGGAGAAGAUGGAGAACUGUCUGAUGCUGAUGUUUCUGUGUUAUAUGGUAAAACUCAUCACCUCUGACAGUGUGAGUGUGAGGCUGGUGAAUGGUGACAAUCCCUGUGCUGGUCGAGUGGAGGUUUAUAAUGGUGGUCAGUGGGGAACAGUGUGUCAUUAUGACUGGGAUAUUGCUGAUGCUGAAGUGGUGUGUAGAGAGCUGGACUGUGGGAAGGCUGUAAAAGCAACAUAUGAUGCUCACUUUGGACAAGGAUCAGGACCAAUUUCAAUGGGUUUUGUAGAUUGUAGUGGAUCAGAGACUGCACUGAAAGACUGCAGGUCAAACAGGCAGAAUACACAGCAGUACUGUUCUCAUGAUUUCGAUGCUGGUGUCAUCUGUUCAGACUCAGAGCAAAGACUUCGACUUGUGGACGGGCUUCACCUGUGCUCUGGGAGAGUGGAGAUGUUUCGUGCAGAAGGAUGGGGUUCAGUGUGUGACGCUGUCUUUGACCAGCAGGACGCAGAGGUUGUGUGUAGAGAGCUGGGACUGUGGGCUCCUGUACAGGUGCUGGGAGCAGCUGCUUUUGGUAAAGGGAAAGGCCGUGUUUGGUCAGAAGAGAUUCAGUGCAGAGGAAAUGAAUCUCAGAUAGACGUCUGUUCACGAUCAUCUUCACAGAAGAACAGCUGUUCUCAUGACAAUGAUGUGGGAGUGAUCUGUUCUGGUUACACUGAUCUCAGGCUGGUAAACGGUUCAGACUCUUGUUCUGGAAGAGUGGAGCUUCAGUUCCUCAAAGAGUGGGGCACAGUGUGUGAUGCAUGCUGGGAUAUGAGAGCUGCCAGUGUCCUCUGUAGACAGUUGAAUUGUGGGAUUGCUGUGUCUGUUGUGGGAUCAGACUGGUUUGGAGAGGGAAGGAAUGAAACCCGGGCUGAUGUAUUCCUCUCUGGCUCUUCAUGA